GCCGGGGGUGGGGAGGAGCCGAGGGUUUCGGUGUGAGCUCGGCGGCCGGGUGAUUCGGGGCGUUCGGCGCGCCCUUCACUGAAGCGGCAGUGGCCGGGCUGGGAGCGGGGAGUGGGAAGCGACGGCGCGGCUGGAAAAUGCCGGUCCAUUCCCGAGGGGAUAAGAAGGAGACGAAUCAUCAUGAUGAGAUGGAGGUGGACUACGCGGAGAACGAGGGGAGCAGCUCCGAAGACGAGGACACCGAGAGCUCGUCGGUCUCCGAGGAUGGGGACAGCUCAGAGAUGGAUGAUGAAGACUGUGAAAGGAGAAGGAUGGAGUGUUUAGAUGAAAUGUCCAAUCUGGAGAAACAGUUUACGGAUCUCAAAGACCAACUUUAUAAAGAACGGUUGAGUCAGGUGGAUGCAAAACUCCAAGAAGUCAUAGCUGGAAAAGCACCAGAGUAUUUGGAACCACUGGCAACUUUACAAGAAAACAUGCAGAUUCGUACAAAGGUGGCAGGAAUCUAUAGAGAGCUCUGCUUAGAAUCUGUGAAGAACAAAUAUGAAUGUGAAAUCCAGGCUUCUCGCCAGCAUUGUGAGAGUGAAAAGCUUUUGUUAUAUGAUACAGUCCAGAGUGAGCUUGAGGAGAAGAUAAGAAGGCUUGAGGAGGACAGGCACAGCAUCGACAUUACCUCAGAGCUGUGGAAUGAUGAACUCCAGUCAAGGAAAAAGAGGAAGGACCCUUUCAGCCCCGACAAAAAGAAGCCGGUCGUCGUUUCAGGUCCAUAUAUAGUUUAUAUGCUGCAGGAUCUUGAUAUUCUUGAGGACUGGACAACAAUUAGGAAGGCAAUGGCUACAUUGGGUCCACACCGAGUUAAGACAGAACCACCCGUGAAACUGGAAAAACAUCUGCACAGUGCUAGAUCUGAAGACGGAAGACUGUAUUAUGAUGGUGAAUGGUAUAUUCGUGGACAAACAAUAUGUAUUGAUAAAAAAGAUGAAUGUCCUACAAGUGCUGUAAUUACAACAAUUAACCAUGAUGAAGUUUGGUUUAAGAGGCCUGAUGGAAGCAAAUCUAAGCUUUACAUUUCACAGCUACAGAAAGGAAAAUACUCAAUUAAACAUUCGUAAUCACAAUUUAAGUGUUACCCAAAUCUACCUUAUUAGUGUUACCAAGUGUAAUGUGCCAUGGGAGCCAAGAAAAUGUAUUCAGCAGCAUUAUAUCUUCAUCAAGUCAGGAGAGAACGUGUCUUUUAGGUAGUACUCUCAGUAGACCCCAUAUUGGUAAGUCAUUAAGAAAAAUAGUGAUAAAAUUUAAUCAUGACCAUCACAUUUAUUUACCUCUUAGGUCCAGUGGCCAACAGGUAUAUUUGGUAGGUAUUUUUUUCUCAGUUUUGUUUUAUUUUGUAUUUUAAUUAUGUGAGUGUAUCUCAUCUUUUAGUGAACUACAAACUACAGUUACCUGCAAUUUUAAAAUUUCCACACCUCUGUCACUCAUUAUGUUUGUAAAUAAGAUUGAUGAAAUAUUUCCUAUACAUGAUUUGUAUUAGUGCAUUAGUUUAAAUCAGAAUUGAAAUUUAUACAUAUGUCUGUGAGUAUGUAUAUAUGACGUCAUCAGCUUACUUAGAACUGUUGGCCCAACUGUACAAUCUUGUUUUACCCCAAAUUAAGCUGUUGGGUUUGAGAAGCAAAGGGAGCACUUUUAUAGACUGGAUUUCCUUCUCUUCUUCCUUGAUGGUGACCUCUUUUCCAGAUCAUAUUUGAGGGUUAUUAGCAUUGUGUCACAUGUGAACACACUGCUGCCUGUGUUUAUUGGAGCUUUUGGGGGGCAGGUGUCCCCACAUUGUUUUGAUAAUGCCCAGUGCCAGUGUGAGCAGUGGGUGGCAGUAUUGUGCUUUCUGCACACCUGAACUUGUGAAGAUUUUAGUAAGCAUUUUCCAGAGGCAAAACUAGAUCCUUAUUCUAAUUUUAUUGCUAGGGUGAAAUAGAGGUGGACACUUCGUUUGAAUCUAGCUGACCCCCCCAUUAGUAUUUCUUUUAAUUUUCCAUGUUUUUACACUUUAAGGCCAUUUGGUGCAAUUUAGAAAUGUUGGCCUCCCUUCCCUUAGCCAUUUCAAAAUUAACUUCCAAAGCCUCUGGAACCAUGUAGAAAACUGAAGCCCACAACCUAGUAUGUAUUUAGGGUACAACCAAAUCAAGUAUUCUGCGGGUCUCAUGCACUUUAAUGUCUGUUACAAUGGUAUUUAAGAGGACGAGGAGGAUUCACUUGUUAACACUCAGCGAAGGAGUCUCUGCAUGAUUCCGUUAGUUCCUUGAGAUUUUACCUCUGCAGAUAUCCUGCGCAGGUCACUACUUACAGUUGCCAAAUUGUAACCCGUUUGACCUUUGAAAUUUAGUAUCAGCAACGUUGUGCUGAUCAACCUUAGCGACUGUAUGUACUGUUGCAAUCCAGGAGCAUUUGACAGUACUUAUAAAUAUAUAUAUACAUAUAUAUAUAUAUAUGAUGUUUGAUAAACAUUUUUAAUGAGAUUUGUAUUUUUAAAUUUAGUAUGUAAUAAAAGGAAGUGUUUGAGUGUCA